GACAGUUAACAUUUGGGAACCCCUCUGCUCCAGUGUUGUUUGCUGCUGUUUGAUCAAUAUGGCACUGCUACUACCGAAUUCCCUUCCCCCUAGGAAACCUCGAGAGGAAAAAGCACCAGGCUUCUACCAGGUAACCAACCAACCGUCCAUCCAGUUGAUCGCGGUCCCUAUGGAGAUACCCACACGACAUCAUCAAGGAGUUCAAAGUGGUUCAGUCCGAAGAAGAAAGUUAAGUCUGCCGCGAGGCACUGUUUGUUUAGUCUGGAAUCUUCAGUGCGUUCUGUUUAUAGCGACCACCGGAAAGAAGUGCUAGUUUUCUGUCUAGACGCUAACCACCAGGAGCAAAACAUCCACCGGGGAGAUCAUCUCCAGGAAACGGAUUGUGAACGUUUUUAGUUUUGUGUGGAAAUGAAUCUAUUUUGCGUCGUUGAUUCGCGGAAGUCAAGGAACAACCCUCAAAGUGUGGAAAAUUAAAUAUUGCCUCAAUUCUCUCAAACACCGAAAAGCCUUAAAACAGCAACCACAGCGUUUCAUCUUACCGUAUACCAAAUUUGUCGUGCAUGAAUAUCCAAUUAAAUUCUAUACCAUAUCGUAGUAGUAACCGAUCGUACUAUUCGCACAUACCAUAACCGAUACAGGGUUCAACAAAGUAAUAUCCAUUCACCACGUAAUUACCUUAAAACCAUAGUCAACUAAAUCUAAGAACCGAUCAAAAUGGCAACCCGGUUGGCAACGCAGCGUAGUUUCAUAACCGUAACCCCAAUCGCGAAUCCUACCCCAACCUCCCCUACCACAACGGUUGCCGCACCGGUGACUCCUUCGCAGAGUCCCGGUGGUCCGUCCGGAGGAUCACCCUCGAGUGACUGCUCGUCCAUAGCAGUAACAUCCCCAACGGUUACGGUCGCCCCAACCAUCACGGCCAUUCCCACGGCUGCCCUUAAAAACGGUACAGGAAAAUCCAUAUCCAACCAAACGGCGACGGUAGCGGCUGCCAACGCAGCUGCUGCGGCCACAACACCCGCCGUCAUUCCGACCAGCCUGAUCGCCAAUAACCUUAGCAUUGCAAAUCUUCUAGACACGGCCAACGGGACCUUGACCCUGCAGCAGAUCAUCCAACAGUGUUCCACAUUGCAGAAAAAAAUCGUGAUCCAUCCCAACGGAACCGUCAUCGACAUUGUGCCGAUCGACGAAGCGGAUCCACCGGAGGACUCCAAGGUUGGUGUCCAGUUGGCGGUGGGCGGCGGCGGCGUCGAGAGCGCAGAAACAACGCCAACAACCGUCAACGGAACCGGUCAGCAGCACGUGACCGCUCAGGUUGCGGUCGUCCAGGCCCAGAGCCCCAACGAUAGAGGACCCCAGUACAUCACGGUGACAUCCACGGAUCAAGAUGAUGGGGUGGCAACGGCGGCGGCUGCAACGGUCAUGGCGGCGGAAGUGGACGAAGACGACGUUCGCUCUUACGCCUCGCUGACGGCGGUCGACGGUAAGUGACGCUGGAACUAACUGUCGCGUGGCCUCUCCUCACUUCCUCGUCUAUCCUUUCUUUUUUUUUCCUUUACUCAGAGUAAACUCUUUUGCCACUCUUUGCUGGGAUUUGAUUUGCAACCAAGCACUCAACCCAAUCUUUCUGUUCCUUCUAAAAAGCACCGCUGUCUUGUUCUGUAUCCGUGCCAAGUCUUUGUAGGUGAAGUUACUUGGAGUAGAAGUAGUAUUGCACCGACCAAACACACAGUUUAAAUUUGAUAUUUUCAGUUUAUUCAUCCAUUAAUUUGCUUCGUGUUCACGCCGCUUUGGGUUUGAUUUGCUAAAAUGCGAUUU